CCCCUUAUCUCCGUGUGUGUGUCGCUCAGCUGUGAGGCAAGCAGUAGUCGUGAAUCCUGGUGAGAGUGCAUGCAAAUUUUUAUGUUUUCUCUCUAGCUCGGAGAGUCUCACAGAGUGAAUGGAGUUGUAUAGGAGACGUGUAGACAGAACUGUGUGUUCAAAGUUGUUCUAUGACAAGUCUACUUUCUGACAUCACGUGUGCACUUUGGAGCUAGAACUACCCGUCCUUCCUACUAUUCAAAUUUCAGAGGACUAUUUCAGUGCUCAAAAACUGAAGAGUGAGGACUCGUUUUCAAUAGCUGUUUAUUAAUGAAGCGUUCGCAUCACUUUUAAGUGGAACUGGCCUCUACAUCUAGGCCUGGAUCUUAAAGUGUAUGGUGAUUUCUUUCGCAUUGUUUUUUUCUUUCUUGCACGCUUGUUAAAGGACAUGCCAGUGUCACCCCGCUGGUCACGUGACCUUGAGUUAGGAGUACACUCGAGGAUACCUGUUGGACACCGCUCAGAGCCGUAAGCAGGCGUCCCCCCUUCUUUCCUCUGCCCACAUUCAGUGCGUGUGAGACACGAAAGCUAGGCCUUUUUUACCUGUUGAUUCACGCUCGCUAGCAACAGGCGGAAACUAAAGCGUACAUGAGGAACCAGGAUAGGGCGAGCUGAGCACUCCCAAUAGCCUCCCGUGUUUCCCUUCUUCACGAGGGAGAGAGAAAACGUCUACACCUAGUGGUCAUGGCUUCAAAACGAGGUGAGCCCACAGAAGACAGCAGUCGGCUUGAUCUUGCAACACACGAAUGUAAGGAUGAGAAGUCUGAUGAUGAUAUGGAUGAGUCUUUGGAUGAGAGUGAUGAUGGCGGUUUGAUGAUUGCUGACAUGCAGGAUACUAAAGAAACCGAUGACACAGAGAAUGAUGCUGAGGAUGACGACCAGCCCAAGUUAAUAUUUAAUGGUCAGAUGACUCGCAGACAGUCUAAGCAGUUCAAAGAUGCCAGUGACAGCUUUGCUGUGUACUCUGUCAGGAAUGGCACCAACAAGGCCAGCAAGAACAGAACAUGUGAAUAUUGUCAUGUUGUCAAGGCCACACCAGCUGCACUUGUGCGACAUCUACGGAAACACACAGGAGAACGACCAUUUGUAUGUCAUAUAGAGCAAUGUGGCAAGUCUUACAAAGCCAAGAGAAGUCUAAACUUACACCAGACAACACACCAUCCAGAAUCUGGCAAGAUGAGUGGACCAAUGCCCCCUUCACUGUUGUCUGCGCAGAUACCUUUAACUACUAGCCCACUUACACAAGUGUCUCCGACCCCAGCCAUAUCAGAAUCAACAAAGUCUUUACUUAGAGAGACUUUAGAGUCUAGCCGCAAGGCACGGGAUGGCAGCACUGGACCAGAGGCUCAUAUCCUUGCUUUGAGUGGAUUGUCAAGGCUGCAGGACAGGCUGUCAACUCCAAAUCUUGUUAAUUUAUUGACCACUGACUUGUCGAAGGGACAGCUGUCGGCUGAUGCUGUGACAAAUUAUUUGCUUAGCUCUGUGAAGCGAGAGAGAACCGAGGAGGAUGAGAUGGAUAGGAAAUCUUUGGUCAUGGCCGAGGAGCAAGCAGAGGAUCUGAGUAUGUCUGCAUCUAGAAGAUCAGCUAAGUCCUCCGCAGCAUCUACCUCUCUAUUGGAGAGGAAUUUUAAAUGUGAUUUCUGUAACAAAACCUUCCGCCAUGAGAUCUCGUGCAUUAACCACACCCGCACUGCCCACGGCAUCGUCCUCAAUCCACAGCAUGUUCCUGCCGUAGAGACCAAACCCAGUGUCAUCCAGUUACUGUCUCAUGCCAAACAGGAAUCCACCAGUGUUCACAAGUCAGAGCCUAGCAUUGACCUGUCCUACCCUACGCUGGGUCGUCCUGCUCACACCUCUGCUACUGCUUCCUUAGGGUCUGCUCUCAAAGUAGAUCUACCCUCUGCUGGCGGUGAAGGAGAUAUACUGGAGGAAAGCAACACAUUACCUUACCAUAUUACAUCUCAUAUGGCUCAAGAUUUCAACACUGACUUGAGACUUAAAGACACAGAGAAAUCAGUUCUCGCCGAGGAUGGUGGCAAUCGUCGCAUGCGGGUGACAGUGGAGAAGGAAACAGUCAUUGCCACUAGAAUUGAUGGUGUGAAUAAUAUAUCUGGCAGGAGGGCAACAGUCUUCAAAUGUCACAUGUGUUCAAGGAUUUUCUCCUCACUACUUCGGUUCAACCACCACCUCCCCUCCCACUGUGACAGUGAGGUACAAACUUAUGACUGUAGGUACUGCGAGGCAUCCUUUAGAUCUCAUAUACAAAUCGUCAAACAUUUGCAGUGUCAUAGAGAGAAGUUCACUGGACUGAAUCCUUCUGGUACAGCUUUGAAUAGUUCUGCUCUCUUGCUGGAGGAAUUUAAUAAGAAGCACAAAGAACCACACAGUAACAAUGUCUCCAUUAACAACAAUGGCACUUUCAAUCACUCUGAGAGUAGCGUCUCCAUACCUGAGCCUGGGGAAAGAGCUAACGGUGGAUACUCCUGUGUCAAGUGUCAGAAGCGGUUCAGUCGAGAGUAUCUCCUACAGCGCCACAUGCGCAUCCAUCAGACAGCAAAUAUUUUCUUCUGUCAUGCAUGCCACUAUAGCUUCACUAGUGAGUUGGACCUGAUGGAACACCAGAGAGCCAGCCACGGCAGCAUGCAGUACACCAAUCUCCUGAAGAGUCUGAAUGCCAGCAUAGACAGCAAGUUGUUGCAGAACCUCCAGCACAGUGACAACAACAACAACCACAACAUCAGAUCGCAGGCGUACCCACUGGUAGACAUGAAGGCUUUUGACUUGAGACGGGGGGAACAGGUGGAGGUCAGAAUGACAUCGGAAGCCACAGAGCGAGCAGAAAUACCUGUGUUAGAUAGUUUUGAUCAAAGUAAAGCUUUACUUAUGAUGAUGUCACCUGGACAGGACAAAAAAUUCAAUCCACAAGUAUUACAGGCUUUUUUCCAAGACAAUGAACCAAUCAGACAAAGUUUAACCACAGUGGAAGACUACAGGAAACUGGUGAAACUGGAGGAAGAGAUGAAGCAGAAUGAAAAGAGAAAACAUGAAUUGGAAGAACGGCAUAGAAUUGACAGGGAGAGAAGGCGGCUGAACGAGCAAGAGAAGUUGAAGCAAAAGUUGGCUCAGGAAGGGAUGGGAGAUGUCAUAGUGGUGCUUCCAGAUGCCCCUCCUAUGGAUGAGGCUGCAGCAAGAGAACAGGACAUGAACAGCGGAUCUGAUCGACCAACUGACCUUUCCAUGAAAUCUCAGAUAGGAGUUGGCUUCAUGGCUAGAAAAUCAGAAAAUCAGUCGACUCCUUCAGGAUCAACAAGUGCCACAGAGACUAAACUCUUGCCGACUACAGAAGAAAUGGCCAUUGGGGUCAAAAGGCUUCUUUCAGCUGGGGUAGAUCAAACCCUGACUCCUCCAGCCAAAAACAGGAGAAAGGCUCUAAAACCACAGCGAAUCCAAUGUCAGAAUGGUCAAAAUCAGACUGCAAGAGAGGUGACUCAGCCUAACAAGGGGGAUAACAACAAUAAUAAUACAGACUUGUACAAGAUAAACAGUACAUCUAAUUAUGGGGACUCUUUGCCUAGAGAGAGCUCAGCAUUUAGCCAGGUUAGUGUGUUCAAAGCUUUUGUCCCUGAGCAAAGUUCUAAACAUGUGUCACCUCUGACCAUAGCUAGCACAAGUUCACUUAAAACAGUUUCCACAAGUUACAUACAACAGACUCCUGGCCUGGAAGCUUGUGUUGACCCAUCGAGUGGGGCUAUAGAUUUGAGUGCUGAUAAUAAAACCUUCAAGUCAAUAGCCACUAUACAGUCACCUAGUGUUGGAAGCAGGGCUCUAUCUUCCCCAGCAGCCUCAUCCUUGGAUCCCUCAGCUUUAAAAAAGAGCUCUAAUCAUCAGUUACCUUUGAAGAGGAGCACCAGCCUUGACCCUGCUGUGUCAGACUCAGAGAAUUCCCUGUCUCAUGAACUCACUUCUGCAGCUGAUCUAUCGAAAAACUCCAAGGAACUCAGCUUGCUGAUACUUCCAACUGGUUCCUCUGCACCGCUGGCUUCCAGUCUUCCAGCAUCUGUGUCGCCCUUAGAUCACGACAACUUGAUAGGAUUCCCACGCGUGUUGUGGAAAUCAAGUCAGUCUGACUCUCCAGACAAUCUCUCAGGCCGGACUCAAUGGAACGGUAAGGAGACUAAACCCAACCUCUCCUCAAGUAAGAGUCAGGCGUCCUCUCCUUCACCCGCACCUUCGCCGACAAAUUCUGACAGUGCUGCCCUGGAAGGUGGCCGCAGGGCCACUACAACUUCAUUGUCUCGCACACACUCCAGUGCCAGGGCCACAUCACUGUCACGCACUCAUUCCAGACUGUCUGUUGUGAAUGAACCACUGGACAGAAACUCUCUGUGCAAGCCCAAACUUUUAGAGGAUGGACGCUCAGUCUACAGUUGUGUCAUCUGCCACAAAAACUUCCUGUCUCUCUCAGACAUUAACAGACACAUGGACUUCCAUGAAGACAUUAGACCCUACAAAUGUAAAUACUGUGAUUAUUAUGCCAGGACUAACAGCCAGUUAAAAGUUCACAAACUCCGACAUGAAGGUGUUCGUGAGUUCUGCUGUCGUGUGUGUAACUACAAAGGCGUGACUCAGUCUGACCUCAACAGACACAUGAAGUCGCAAGUCCACCUGCUGAGGUCAAACCAUGUGUGUUCACAGUGUGGAGAAGGGUUCGUCACUCCCAAAACCUUGAGGGACCAUUCGCUUUGCUGUACUGGAUCCGCAGAUAAGAGUAUGGAUUGUGGUGUGUCUGCCAACGAUGAAGACAUGGUUGAUGAGGAUUAUGAAGAUGAGGACUUGGAGGAGUCUAGCCAAGGAAGUAAUUGUGGCCUUGUAGAAGUCAAGGUUGCAGCAAUGUGAAUGGUCAUGAAAGGCCUGAUUCUGAUUUUGUUAGGAAAUGGUUGGUGUUAUCUUUAACAAUGAAAACGACACAUUCUCUAAUAGAUAGCUUUUUUAUCCUUGUGUUGUUUUUUCUCCUCUCUCAUGGUGAGCAAACAUUUUCAUUCCAUUCAUCCUAUUUUAUACAUUCAUAACUUUGUUACCAAAACACUUGAGAACUUCAUGCACCAUUCCCUUUCAUUGGUUGUGAACUUUGACCUUUGGUACUUAAGUGUUCAUUAGCUAUAUUUUGAUCUAAAACAUUUUAUAUGUAUUUGUGUAUUGUUACUUUUAAACAUGUCAAAAGGUCAACUACAGGCUUAUCUGUCAUUCCAUGUUUAAAUCUUGACAAUGUUGUGAUAAGACAUUUAGGCUUUAUUCCCAUUUGUAGCCUACAUUUUCAUAAUGUUGUCUACUUGUUUCAGAUCUUUAUCCAAGCUGUAUAAUAAACUGUUGUCUAAAUAUUUACUUAGAUCCAUUACCAUAAAUAACAGCCUUGAGUAGUGAUGACAUUGAUAACACGUCUGCUGAGUCAAUUAUUCUAGUGUUCAUUGCUUCAAAAGUGAAUUCUAUCAUGCAACUCCUUUGUUAUAAGUUACAGACAUUCUUUCAAAAAAUACAAUUAUCAUGUUGUGCUACAACAUGACUUCUGCUCUGAUGUGAGGGCUUUGCAAAAUAGUGUAAACAAAAAUGUAUCAAACUUUUUCUCCUGUUGUUGUUCAAGGACUAUACCCACACUUUUGUUCAACGAGUUUAAAUCAUUCCAAGGUAUCAAGCAAUGUUAUGUGCAGAACUCUAAAGCUGCCAGAACAAGUUGGUUGAUAUCAAUAUUAGUUACAAGCAACUGGCACAAAAGAUAAGUUGAUUGGGUUUUCAAAAAAUCUCCAAACUAAAGCAAAAUAAGAAAAUGACUGAUGGAUGGUUCACCAAAUGACCAUUAGUCACUUUAGAAUUGCUAAAGUCUUGACAUUUCGAGGCUAUUUUAGUAAACCUGUUUCUCUGCUUUAAUUAUCAAACCCAUUGCUCUCUUUCGCAAAUCUGACUGGAGCUAGGCUAGCUUCUACUUUCAAAAUAUAAAUCAAGGCUUUCAUCACUGUUCAUUUCAUCUCAGUAGCCAGGCAUUUAUUGUCCCAUAAUGCCCUAAUAUGUACUGGUCUUUAAGAUGUUGGCCAUCUCACAGGCUGUGGGAACCAGGUGAUGUUUUAACUGUGUUACUAAGACCAGAGAUUGUCUGUGUGAAACAUAAAUUAAUCAAACUGGAGCAUAACUGUGAUGUCAUCUCUAUAUAUAGAUUGGACUCUAUCACAUCAACUACUUAUAAUAUUAUCAUUUACUUAAAGCUGCAGAUUUUUCUUAUUUGUAAAUAUCAUAAACUACUUAAACUAUAAUUGAAAUGUAUUUUGUGAAACGCCUAUAGGGUGUGAUUUAUGUCUUUGUGAAUAGAUUCUAUAUUUAGUGUACAGACUGCAAGAUGUUUAUUUAACAAAUUGUGAUUUUUUUUUUCAAAAUGCCAAAUAUUUUGUUACCUCUAUUUUUGAACAAACUAAAAUUGUCUUUUGAUAGCAGUUAUUAACCAAGAGCUUAUAUAUUUUCUUUUCGCAUCUUUCAUUAUGACCUCAGUUUUAAAAAUGGCAAAUUGUUGUGUUCUGUUACACUACCAGUAUAUGAAUCCAAUAAUGUCUAACGUUUAUAUUGUCUUGAUUUCUCAAACACAUCUGUUUUUUUUAUAUACUUUGUUUGUUUAUUAACGGACCAAUUCUGUUUCUGUAACUAUGGUACAUUACAGAAUAUUUUAUUAUCAUUCCACAUAUGUCUGUCAUAGUAGUAGACCUUUAUGGUCAUUAGUUCUACUAGUAUUGUCACAGUGCUACUGCCUGGAUGUUGUCUCACAUUUAUCAUUCCAUUUGUGUACAUAGUCGAUUCCAGCACUCGAAGUUAAUCUAAUUAUGGUUGUAAUAAAAUAACAAACUUUUGAAAUCUCA